AUGAUAUAUACUAUUUUAAAGGAUCAAUCGAAACCCUACGACUCGAAAAAAAAUGUUUGGGUUCCCGAUGCAGAAGAAGGAUAUAUUGCAGCUGAGGUUAAAGCCACUAAGGGCGAUAUGGUUAGCUUGGUAACUUGCCGAGGAAAUGAGAUAACGUUGAAAGCUGAACUUGUACAAGAAAUGAAUCCACCUAAAUUCGAAAAAACUGAAGAUAUGUCGAAUCUGACUUUUUUAAACGAUGCAUCAGUGCUACAUAAUUUACGAGCCCGAUAUAGCCAAAUGCUCAUUUAUACAUAUUCUGGAUUAUUCUGUGUUGUUAUUAACCCAUAUAAACGUCUACCAAUUUAUACGGAUUCUGUCGCACGUAUGUUCAUGGGAAAAAGGCGAACAGAAAUGCCUCCACACUUAUUUGCUGUUUCCGAUGAAGCUUAUCGUAAUAUGUUAAUUGAUCAUGAAAAUCAAUCCAUGUUAAUCACUGGUGAAUCUGGAGCUGGUAAAACAGAAAACACAAAAAAGGUUAUUGCUUAUUUCGCAGCUGUGGGUGCUUCACAACAAGAAGCAGCAGCAGCAGCAGGUACAGCUCCACAACCACAACAAGAAGGAAAAAAAAAAGUUACAUUAGAGGAUCAAAUUGUUCAAACCAACCCUGUACUCGAAGCUUUCGGUAAUGCAAAAACUGUGCGAAACAAUAAUUCAUCUCGAUUUGGGAAAUUUAUACGAAUUCACUUCUCAAAGAAAGGAAAAGUUGCUUCUUGUGACAUCGAGCAUUAUAAGCCACUGAAGGAUUAUUAUUUCGUUGCACAAGCAGAAUUGACGAUCGAUGGUGUUAACGAUAAAGAAGAACAUCAACUUACGGAUGAAGCCUUCGAUAUUCUCCACUUUUCGGCAGAAGAGAAAUUAAAUUGCUAUAAAUUAAUAUCAGCAAUGAUGCAUAUGGGUAAUAUGAAAUUCAAGCAAAGACCUCGAGAAGAACAAGCUGAGCCAGACGGGACAGAUGAAGCUGAGAAAGCUUCUGAAAUGUAUGGCAUUAGUCAUGAAGACUUUCUGAAGGCUUUAACAAAACCUCGUGUAAAAGUUGGUAAUGAAUGGGUCCACAAGGGUCAAAAUAUUGAUCAAGUUACCUGGGCUGUAGGUGCUAUGGCCAAAGGUUUAUAUUCAAGAAUUUUCAAUUGGCUUGUAAAGAAGUGCAAUAUUACCCUCGAUCAGAAAGGCAUUCCUCGAGACUAUUUUAUAGGUGUUCUCGAUAUCGCAGGUUUCGAAAUAUUCGAUUUUAAUUCCUUUGAACAAUUAUGGAUCAAUUUUGUAAAUGAAAAACUUCAACAAUUUUUCAAUCAUCAUAUGUUCGUCUUAGAACAAGAAGAAUAUGCUCGAGAAGGUAUUCAGUGGACGUUUAUCGAUUUCGGCCUUGACUUACAAGCUUGUAUUGAACUUAUUGAAAAACCACUCGGAAUUAUUUCGAUGUUAGACGAAGAGUGUAUUGUGCCGAAAGCUACUGAUUUGACUUUAGCACAAAAACUCAAUGAUCAGCAUCUUGGUAAGCAUCCGAACUUCGAGAAACCUAAACCACCGAAAGGAAAACAAGGCGAAGCACAUUUUGCAAUGAGGCAUUAUGCUGGUACAGUACGAUACAAUGUAAUGAACUGGCUUGAGAAAAAUAAGGAUCCUCUAAACGAUACUGUUGUUACCGUAAUGAAGGCAUCGAAAAGCAACUUAUUGCUUAACGAAGUCUGGCAAGAUUAUACAACCCAAGAAGAAGCAGCUCAACAACAAAAAGAUGGUGGAAGUGGAAAGAAGAAGGGAAAAUCCGGUUCAUUCAUGACAGUAUCAAUGCUCUAUCGAGAAUCUCUCAACAAUUUAAUGAAUAUGCUCAAUAUGACCCAUCCUCAUUUCAUCCGUUGUAUCAUUCCAAACGAGAAGAAACAAUCAGGUCUCUUGGAUGCAGCGCUUGUAUUGAAUCAAUUAACUUGCAAUGGUGUGUUAGAAGGUAUUCGAAUUUGUCGCAAAGGUUUCCCAAAUAGAACGUUGCAUCCUGAUUUCAAACAUCGUUAUUCGGUGUUAGCCCCAGAGGAAUCGAAAAGUUCUUCUGAAGCAAGAAAAUGUUCAGAAGCUAUUCUCAAGAAAUUGGUUAAAGAUGGUGUAUUAACAGACGAAAAUUUCCGAAUGGGUGAAACCAAAGUAUUCUUCAAAGCAGGUGUGCUUGCACAUUUAGAAGAUGUACGCGAUGAGUGUCUAAAAGCCAUCAUGACCAAAUUUCAAGCAUAUGUUAGAUGGUAUUUGGGAUUGACAGAUCGUAAGCGUCGAAUUGAACAAAAAGCUGGCCUUUUAAUUCUGCAACGUAAUGUUCGUUCAUGGUGUUCACUUCGAUCAUGGCCAUGGUUCGUUUUAUAUACUAAGGUUCGACCCAUGCUCAAAGAAGGAAAAAUCGCCGAAGAAAUGGAGAAAUUAACUGAUAAACUUAAAGCCCUUGAAGAAAACUUGAUUAAAGAAGAAAAACUUCGCAAGGACUUGGACGAAAAUUCCAAGAAAAUGGAAGCAGAAAAAUCUGACCUUUUUGCACAACUUGAAAGCACAAAAGCUGCUCUUAUAGAAGCUGAAGCUCGUGUUCAAAAUUUAGAUUCAUCAAAAGCAGAAGCUGAUCGCUUGUUAGAGGAACUCAAUGAACGCCUUGCUGAUACUGAAGAUAAAAAUACUGAUUUAAUGCGAUCAAAAAAAAAAGCAGAAGGUGAAGUUGACGCGCUUAAGAAACAAAUCCAAGAUCUAGAAAUGAGCGUUCGUAAAGCUGAAUCCGAGAAACAAUCAAAGGACCAUCAAAUUCGUUCACUUCAAGACGAAAUGCAACAACAAGAAGAUACAGUCACAAAAUUGAAUAAAGAGAAACGAAAUCAAGAGGAAUUAAAUAAGAAAAUAAUACAAGAUUUACAAAGUGAAGAAGAUAAAUCAAAUCAUGUGAAUAAAAUUAAAAGUAAACUUGAACAAACUCUCGAGGAUUUUGAAGAUAAUUUAGAGAGAGAAAGGCGAGCAAAAGCUGACGCUGAAAAAGCUAAACGAAAAGUUGAAGGUGAAAUGAAAAUCGCGCAAGAAAAUAUUGAGGAAAUAACACGUCAACGACGUGACUUGGAAAAUAAUUUGAAACGAAAAGAAGCUGAAGUGAACACUUUAGGUAGUCGUCUUGAAGAUGAACAAUCGUUAAUUAGUAAACUACAGAGGCAAAUAAAAGAAGCGCAGAGUCGAGUGGCUGAAAUCGAAGAUGAACUAGAAAAUGAGCGUCAAUCUAAAGCGAAAACUGAUCGUGCUCGAUCUGAUCUUCAGCGCGAACUUGAAGAAUUCAAUGAACGUUUAGAAGAGCAAGGAGGUGCAACAGCAGCACAAAUUGAACUUAAUAAGAAACGAGAAGCCGAAUUGGCCAAGUUACGUCGUGAUAUUGAGGAGGCAAAUAUGAAUCAUGAAAGUCAACUAGGAGCGCUACGCAAGAAACAUAACGAUGCAGUAGCAGAAUUAACCGAUCAACUUGACCAAAUCCAGAAGCAAAAGCAAAAAAUGGAAAAAGAAAAAGCACAAACUGUACAUAAUACCGAAGACUUGGCAGCCCAAUUAGAUUCGGAAACAGCAGCAAAAAUCAGCAAUGAGAAAUUAUCAAAACAAUUAGAAGUUCAACUAGCAGAUUUGCAAGGUAAAGUUGAAGAGCAAAACAGGCAACUUCAAGAUUUUAAUUCUAUAAGAAAUAGAUCUUUAAAUGAAAAUAGCGAACUUAUUCGACAAUUAGAAGAUUUAGAAGAACAAAUAGCUGGAUUACAACGAGCUAAAACUCAAUUAUCUAGUCAACUAGAUGAAAUUCGACAAGCUGUUGAUGAGGAAAUUCGAGAACGCCAAAAUCUUUCUGCUCAAAGUAAAAAUAUUCAAAUGGAAGCUGAACAAGCACAGGCAAAUCUCGAAGAAGAAAUAGAGUCGAAAAAUGAAGCACUUCGGCAAUUAAGUAAAGCUAAUGCUGAAAUCCAGCAGUGGCAAUCACGCUUUGAACAAGAUGGUAUGUUACGUUCUGAUGAAAUUGAAGAGGCAAAACGUAAACAAGGUGUAAAAAUCACUGAAUUACAAGAAGCUCUUGAAGCAGCGAAUCAAAAAAUCAUAUCAUUAGAAAAAGCAAAAUCUCGACUUAUUGGAGACCUGGAUGAUGCGCAAAUUGAUGUCGAAAGAGCUAAUAAUUUGGCUAGUCAAUUAGAAAAAAAACAAAAAGGUUUCGACCUAGUGAGUGAUGAUCUCUCGGCGGAACUCGAUGCUGCUCAACGCGAAGUUCGUAAUUUAUCAACUGAACUCUUUAAAAUUAAAACAAAUCAAGAAGAGCAGAUAGAAACGGCUGAAGGACUUCGACGAGAAAACAAAGCGUUAAGCAGUGAAAUUAAAGAUCUUACUGAUCAACUUGGUGAAGGUGGUCGAUCUGCUCACGAAAUGCAAAAAAUUAUACGGCGUUUAGAGAUCGAAAAAGAAGAACUACAACAUGGCCUCGACGAAGCUGAAGGGGCGCUGGAAGCUGAAGAGAGCAAAGUAAUGCGAGCUCAGGUUGAAGUAUCACAAAUUCGAUCAGAAAUCGAAAAAAGAAUUCAAGAAAAAGAAGAAGAAUUUGAGAAUACUCGAAGAAAUCAUCAACGAGCACUCGAAUCGAUGCAAGCGUCAUUAGAAGCGGAAUCAAAAAGUAAGAAUGAACUUUUACGAGUAAAAAAGAAGCUCGAAUCAGAUAUCAAUGAACUCGAAAUAGCUCUCGAUCAUGCAAAUAAAGCUAACGCUGAUGCACAGAAGAAUCUUAAACGAUGCAUGGAACAAGUUCGCGAAAUUCAACUUCAACGACAACGAGAUGAGAUGAAGGAGCAAUAUUUUAAUGCUGAAAAACGAGUAAAUCUGUUACAAUCUGAGAAAGAGGAAUUAUCUGCAUCCCUUGAACAAGUUGAAAGGCAACGAAAACAAGGUGAAUUUGACGCAGCAGAAAUGCGUGAUCAGAGUAAUGAACUCAAUUUACAAGUUAGCAAUCUGAAUGCAAACAAGCGAAAAAUUGAAGGCGAACUUCAGGCGAUUCAUGCGGAUAUGGAUGAGACACUGAACGAAUAUCGAUCUUCUGAAGAACGAAGCAAGAGAGCCAUGGCUGAUGCAGCAAGAUUAGCUGAAGAACUGAGACAAGAACAAGAACAUGCGAUGCACGUCGACCGAUUAUGUAAAGGUCUAGAUAUUCAAAUCAAAGAAAUGCAGGUUCGAGUUGAUGAGGCGGAACAAGCAGCUUUAAAAGGUGGCAAAAAAGUAAUUGCAAAACUUGAACAACGAAUUCAUGAUCUUGAAGCGGAACUUGACAACGAGCAACGCCAUUAUCAAGAAGCAAACAAAAAUGUCGUUAAGCAGGAACGACGCGUAAGAGAAUUACAAUUCCAAGUCGAAGAGGAUAAAAAAAAUUUCCAACGUAUGCAAGACUUAGUGGAAAAAUUCCAAGGAAAAUUGAAAACACAAAAGAAACAACUCGAAGAAGCUGAAGAACUUGCCAACCUUAAUUUACAAAAAUAUCGCCAAAUUCAACACCAACUUGAAGAUGCGGAAGAACGAGCUGAUACAGCUGAAAAUUCCGUUUCAAAAAUGCGUUCAAUGACUCGCACAUCACUUUCGUUGGCACCAAGUGGUGGCGUUCAAACGUCAAGAUCCGCUACCGUGAUGAGAUCCGGAUCACGCGUACCACGAUCCGGUUCAGCCUUUCCCGACUAUUAG